AUGGAAGACGUCCAGAUCUCUAAGCUUGCGGACCAGCUCCUGCGGGAAAUAGAUUCGCGGCUUGACAGCACGCUUUGUGGGGGCCAGACUGCCGACCCACGUGCCAUGAAGGCGCUGCUGGCUCUCAUUGAACAGUUCCAGCCAAACCCCCAGCUUCUGGACUCGCAGCUGCGUUCGUUUGUGGGCCGUCUGGUGAAUGGGUACCGUCUCGUGCUGGAGGAUGAGCUGACAUGCGGAGAGCAUAUUGGCGUGAUAUUUUACCAUCUGGCCAAAAUUAGAGGCAUCAAGGUGGUCUCCAACUGUCUGACAAGCGAUCUGUAUCUGUUGACGGCAGUUCUUGACAGGGUGGACCACUUGGGCAAUUCUGAUAGCGCACAGUGGCAGGAGACAUUUUUCUUGCUAGUGUGGCUGUCGAUCCUGGUUCUGGUGCCUUUUCCGCUCGAGAAAAUCAGACCUGGUCUUGCCAAGGCCAUUUUUGAUCUCUCUCGAAAAUAUCUCCAGUCUAGCGGCAAGGAGAGCGACGCGGCUGCGCUGCUGAUGGCACGGCUACUCUCACGUGCUGACUGUGCGCCGUUAUUGCAGAGUUUUGUCGCCGACAACUUCAACUCGCUUGCGUGGGAGCAAAAGAGCGUAUUUGAACAGCUCGGCCUCCUCACAACGACAAACCAUCUGUUCAGGCUGUGUGCCCCACAGACGCUUGAUCUGUUUGGACAGCGUCUGCUGGUGCUGAUUGCAAACGAGCUGGACACCCCGAACGCCUCGUGUUUGCGGUUUUUCGUCAAAAACCUCGGCAAGCUGGGCGUCCAUUUCGUGCGGACCAGCAACUACGACGCCGUCGAGGAAAUCUUCAACUACCUACUUGAUUUUGUCGGGCACGCCAGCACGGUGAUCCGAUACUCUGUGGCGAAGCAGCUGGCCAAAAUCACUAGCCUGCUCCCGCAACAGCUACGUAACGACGUGGUGCGUGCGCUGGUUGCACAGCUCGAGCUUUCCGCCGACGGCCGCGUCGAUGCCGAGUCGAUCGACGUCGAGCUCUUCCACGGCGUGUUGCUGGCCAUCGGCGAGCAGGCGCGCACCAGGCAGCUGGACACGGCGUUCUUGCCCGAGCUGGCCGCUCUGCUGCACCAGACGCUUUUCCUGGAGCAGUACCGCGUGACCCAUGCGGUCGGAUCGAACGUGCGCGACGCGACGUGUUUCAUCAUCUGGUCGCUGGCCAAACGGUACAAAACAGAUGAGGUGGGCCUUGAGCUGUGGCGGGCAUUUUUCCGCGACCUGGUGCUCUGCUGCUGUUUUGACAAGGAGCUAAUUGUGCGGCGCGCGAGCGCGGCGUGUGUGCAGGAGGUAGUCGGCCGCCACGGCGAGAUUUUCGACCGCAAUGACAAGCACAGCCUCAAGGUGAAGCUGAUCGAGACGCUGGACUACACGGUGCUCGGACAGCUUGACAGGGCAUUUGCGUUGAGUUUGGACAUUUGCGAGCUGGGAAUUUUGCAGAAAGAGAUACAGACGGCGCUGGAGCAAGCCGUUUUGCACAGAGAUUAUGACAUUCGCACGCGGGCAGCACACACGUUGAGAAAGCUCGGCGAUAAACAGCUGAUCCCAAGAUAUUUCCAGGAACAGUUUCAGCCAGGACGGUUCUAUGUACUUGCGGAGCUGCUUCAGGACGCAACAGAAGUGGAUACCGACAAAUACCACAGACUUUUCGUGGACUUCACCUUCGACUUCCAUAGAGACCCGUUCCACAAAGGCGAGGAGUAUUUGUACCUAUUGACGGUGCUGUGUCGCGAGGGAUUUAUUGCCAACGACCACGAGCUGGAAACCGUUUUCAACGUCAUCAGAAAUAGCAGCGAGCAGGUUUCGCAGCGGUUUUGCGAGCUCGCGGCGGUGCUCGUGCUACCAGAAAAAUAUAUUACGAAAUGGCUGUUCUAUAUCAAAAGCGGCAGUCUGGUGGCUGCGCGCGCUGUUGGACACGCAAACUGGCUGGAAACUAGAGUCGACGACGUGCUGGGGCUGGUGACGGGGCAUGCUGAUGCAGAGCUGCGCAGUUGUCUCAUUCUGUCGCUCGCAGAGUAUCUGCACCGCCACGAUGUGGCUGACCACCAAAAACAGACUCUUAUUGCCUGUCUCGACGACUACACGGUCACUAACCGCGGCGACGUCGGAAGUCUCGUGAGGUCGGCGACAAUGAAGCUCAUUGAGGCAAACAGAGACAAACUCGGCAAUCACGCGCUCAUUAACCAUAAACUUCUGCGAAUAGCAGGCGAAACCAUGGAGCGGCUGCGUGUAGCGGCGCUGAAGCUCGUGGCAGACCUCAAUGACUGGCCGUUCGUCCCGCCAGAGUCCGACGUGGACCAUUUCCAGGCACUCAUGAGGAUCUACUGUGCGCAUGUCGUGCAAGACAGAGAGCUUUCUCGCGAGUUCUGGAAAGGCUACUGUUUUUCUGCCGGAUCCCAGCAGUCUCUGGCACAAGCCACUAACGCGGCGCUGCUGGCAUUCUUCCAAGCCUGGGAGCAGCUUGAGGACAGGAAAACCGUGCUGGGCGACAUUUUGUCGAUUUUGAAGCCGCUCGACACCGCACAGAGCCGCAUAGAACGUGCUACCAAAACUCAGGACGCCUGCUUGCGCUUUCUGUGCAAUGCACUGGAGUUGAACCUGCCGCUGCCAGCAGACAUUGCUGUACGAAGCAUCUUUGUGCGUGUGUACAACCUCACGCUGGGAAAAACCCACCCAGGACGGCUCGCGGUGGCUAUUCGCGUCUUUGUCCAGCUCGCACUUGCAGACCCGGCAGACACGAAGAAAGACUGUGUGGCCCGGCUGACGUGGCUGAGCAAAAAACAUCCCACCGCAAGCGUUCGGCUGGCUGCCCUGGAAGGUCUGCAGGAGAUUGAGUGUGACUCAGUUUAG